GUCGCAGUUUCUUUUGAUUCAUAAUAAAUGAAGCAUUUUGAUCUCUAAUGAUGGAAGAAUUUAAUGUUUCAGUUGAUUUUGGACUUUGAACUCACUUACUGCUGAAACAAACUACACAAAUAAACCUGAUUGAUUAAAAACAGAAAAAUACUAAUUUAUAAGAGACACCACACAGUAAACAUCAAAGGUUUCUCUAACUAUUCUUGGUUUAUUACUUUAAUAUGAAAUACAAUGAAAACAGUGAGAUUAUUGUUAGUAAAUGGUCAGAUUUGGUUUGGAAUAAAGGUUUUGUUCAGAAUCGCUGGAUUUAACCGGAGCGUUCACAGACACCACCUGUUGCAUAAAGCGGCAUUUAUAAAUGAUAAGGUGUCUUUUUACCGGGAUGAGGAGAGGAAUCCUUUAAUCUGUCUGGAUAAACGGCCUUCCUGCCUGAACAGAGGAAGGAUCAGACUGUUCUUCAGUCAAAUGUAAAGCGGAGAAAAGACGCGUUUCCUGGAGGAGACAUAAACUAUUUAACUGUUUAUGAUGCUGAAAAGAAGCGAACGAGGCCUCAGAGGGGACCGGUGCAUUCCACGGUGCAGGAAGAAAACCCCCACAAUGCCCCUCUGUUGUUCCCGACAAUGUAAGGUGACACCGCUACCCUCCUCCUCCCCGGCAGGGAUGAUCCGUUCUUUUCUCCAUAAAGUGGGAAAAAAGGGAGUGGGGCUGAAAUCGGAGCAGUUUCCUGGGAGGUGGAGGAGAUUUAUGGUCUGUUUGUGUUCGAGGAAGAGGAGGAGGAGGAGGACGAAGUGGGACGAAGGUCUGCAGAUCCUGGACGAGCCUGGGCUGAGGAAGAUCCUGAGGAGGAAGAGCUGAACUCUCUGAGCGCUGGACUUUGACUUGUUUCUGUUUGGAUCGCAGGAUGGGAAAUAUCCAGGUGGGAAGAUGAAAGGAUGCUGCAGGGAGCUGAAGACGGACUGAGCCCCACCUGAACCCCCCGUCCCGACCCGACCGCCGCCGUCCCAUCAUGCACCUGCUGUGCCGCGGGCGCCUCAAGCUGCUGGUGGCGUCUCUGACCGCCGUCGUCCUGCUCACCUGGCUCUACCUGCUGGCAGGAAACCUGGAGAAUGGCCGCUCCCUCCUCUUGGCGCCCUGCUUGCCCGACACGCCCGCCGCACAGGUUCUGGAGCGAGCCGUCCUGGAGUCCCGGGUCCGAGAGGUGGAGGAGGAGAACCGGCAGAUCAAGCUGCAGCUCAGCCAGUCGCAGGGCGCCGCCCAGCUCUCUGAUGGUAACUACGGCAACCAGCAGUGGGGCGCGUCGGCGGACACGGUGCCGGAGGACGGCGACAACACGGCGGAGGAGAAGAGCAACCACACAGACUGCUCCCGAUCGCCGCUGGUCCAGAAGUGUGAGCUGAUCCAUGUAGCCUGUGUUUGUGCCGGUCACAACGCCAGCAGAGACGUGGUCACUCUGGUCAAGUCCGUCCUCUUUCACAGGAGGAAUCCUCUCCACUUCCAUUUCAUCACCGAUUCGGUGGCCAGUCGGAUCCUCGGCUCCCUGUUCCGGUCCUGGAUGGUUCCGUCUGUUCAAGUCAGCUUCUACGACGCCGAGGAGCUCAAGUCCGAAGUCUCCUGGAUCCCCAACAAGCAUUACUCAGGUAUUUACGGCUUGAUGAAGCUGACGCUAACCAAAGCUUUACCGGCCGACCUGGCGAAGGUCAUCGUCCUGGAUACGGACAUCACCUUCGCCACCGACAUCGCCGAGCUGUGGGGCAUCUUCAAGAAGUUCACCGAUAAGCAGGUGAUCGGUCUGGUGGAGAACCAGAGCGACUGGUACCUGGGCAACCUGUGGAAGAACCACAAGCCCUGGCCGGCACUGGGGCGGGGCUUCAACACGGGCGUCAUCCUGCUCUACCUGGAGCGGCUCCGGAGAAUCAGCUGGGAACAGAUGUGGCGCCUGACGGCAGAGCGGGAGCUGAUGAGCAUGCUCAGUACGUCGCUGGCGGACCAGGACAUCUUCAAUGCCUUCAUCAAGCAGAACCCGGUCCUGGUGCACCAGCUGCCCUGCUUCUGGAACGUCCAGCUGUCGGAUCACACUCGCUCUGAGCAAUGCUACACCGAGGUGUCCGACCUCAAGGUGAUCCACUGGAACUCUCCAAAGAAACUGCGAGUGAAGAACAAACACGUGGAGUUUUUCAGGAACCUCUACCUGACCUUCCUGGAGUACGACGGCAACCUGCUGCGGAGGGAGCUGUUCGGCUGCCCGAGCCAGGCCAGUCCGGAGAGCGUCCGGCUGCAGGCGGCGCUGGAGGAGCUGGACGAAGACGAUCAGUGCUACGACUUCCGGCGUGAGCGGCUGACGGUGCACCGGGUCCACCUGUACUUCCUGCAGUACGACUACACGCCUGCUGAGGACGACACCGACGUCACGCUGGUGGCUCAGCUGUCCAUGGACAGGCUGCAGAUGCUGGAAGCCAUCUGUAAGCACUGGGAGGGCCCCAUCAGCCUGGCGCUCUACAUGUCCGACGCCGAGGCGCAGCAGUUCCUGCGCUACGCUCAGGCCUCCGAGGUCCUCAAGAACCGCAAGAACGUCGGCUACCACAUCGUCUACAAAGAAGGCCAGUUCUACCCGGUCAACCUGGUGAGGAACGUGGCCCUGAGGAACGCCAACACGCCCUACGUGUUCCUGACAGACGUGGACUUCCUGCCGAUGUACGGUCUCUACGACUACCUCAGAAAGUCGAUCGUCCAGCUGGAUGUGGCUCACACCAAGAAGGCUCUGGUGGUCCCGGCCUUCGAGACGCUGCGCUACCGUCUCUCCUUCCCCAAAUCCAAAGCCGAGCUCCUCUCCAUGCUGGACAUGGGGACUCUCUACACCUUCAGGUACCACGUGUGGCCGAAGGGUCACGCUCCCACCAACUAUGCUAAGUGGCGAACGGCGACCACGCCCUACAAGGUGGAGUGGGAGUCGGACUUCGAGCCGUACGUGGUGGUGAGGCGGGACUGCCCCGAGUACGACCAGCGCUUCGUGGGCUUCGGCUGGAACAAGGUGUCCCACAUCAUGGAGCUGGACGCUCAGGAGUUCGACCUCAUGGUCCUUCCCAACGCCUUCAUGAUCCACAUGCCGCACGCUCCCAGCUUCGACAUCUCCAAGUUUCGCUCCAGCUCCAGCUACCGCAACUGUCUGAACACGCUGAAGGACGAGUUCCACCAGGAUCUGUCCAGGAAGUACGGCGCCGCCGCCCUCAAGUACCUGACGGCCCAGAGGAACAUGUGAGCUCCAGACGGAGCGCUGAGGCCCGGAGCGCGUCUGGCGGAACCGUGAAGCUUAAGGCCCCUUGGAGAGCGGCGGCGGCGGCGAAGGAAAACAGGAACCAUAACGGUUUUCACUUUGUUCUGACAAUCAGGGCUUUUCCCACUGGGAACCAGUCCGGACCCGGCGCUCCGGGUCGGGGGAAACCAGUCGAGCUGGAGAACGAUUCAAGCCUUAUCAACUUCACGACAUUUACAAAGAUAUUUAAUAACACUUUUUUUGUUUUUUAAGGCAUAAAUCUGAACCAAUGAUAGCAAAACAUUUGCAUUUACAGAGUUUUUAUUACGGCUUUAUAUUUCUGGACGGGUUUAAGGGAAAAGAACCCGACGGUUUCCGGAUCAGAUCACGUUUCCGUGUGCUUUAAGUGUGUGUGCGAUCUGUCGCCGCAGCGACGCCACUCGGAGUCACGUCUGCUUCGUCCUGCAUGUAAACCGCUGCACCAGGUCCUCAUCUCAUCGCUCGGGUUUCACAGCAGCAAAGAAGUUCUGACCGGACCGACCGGAACCAACAGGAAGCUGGACUUUACGUCUGAGUCACUGGAUGUCUGCGCCGUCUACUGACCGUUUUCACUUGUCAUCCUGCUGAGUUUUACUCAUCCAGCUGAAAUUAACUCGUUUUUCCUGCUGCUGCGUCAAAAUUCUUCAUAUUUAAGGAAAUUCUGUGUUUUUUAGAUCCAAACACUGAAAAAACACAAAACUUUACCAAGUAACUUCGGUCGGGUUUCUGGUGCAAAUAUCCUAGUAAACGUUUCAGCAAGACACGGAGGCUUGUUUUAAUAAAUAAUUCCUUAAUUUUGUUCCAGUGGCAGAUAAAUGAACUUACAAUGCUGUGAAACAAGAUGGCCGCCAUGGGCCUGAUGACAUCACUCUGAAUGACGGAGACCCAAGAACAUCAUUGGUGGGUAAAAGAAACAAAAAUAAAAUCAAGUUAUGGCCCAGUCCUAGAUUCACCUAAGGUCAGAGGUCAUGAUUCAACGAUGACAGAGAGAAACUGGUCAAAGAUGGCCGCCGCGGGAGGAAUCCAAGACCAGAACCGGCGCUGACCCGUCUCAGAGAUCACCCCGAUGCUCUCCACGGUGGUGGCAGCAUGAUGCACUGGGAAAAUAAUAACAAACAUUUGAGCAAUUCCUCCUCUGAUUGGCUCAAAAAAUUUAUUUAAAAAAAAAAAGACAUUUUAGGAAAGUUGAUGAAAUCGUUCUGAAAAUAUUCAGUUUUCUCUUCGAUCCGAAACAUUUAAACAAAACAGAAAAUAAAUUUGUGUGAAGGGAAACUUUUAGGUCCCACCUGAUCGCCUGACUAUAAAAAGAAACAAUUUGAAUUCAUUAAUCUAUAAUUAAUAAUAAUCAGGGUAAAAAUGAAGGAUUCAUAAACAAACGAGCAGCAAGAAAAACAUCUUAAUUCCGGCUAGAUUUCCUGUUUUUAUUUAAUUUUUUAUGAAAGUAUUUAACGUUCAGAUUUUCUCCUCUGGACUUCGGUUUAAUUAAAAUUGUUAUUUUAUUUUUUUAAUCUUUGUUUUGUUUUGAACCGUUUGUUUUUACGCCGCCGCCAUGUUGAGGGAAGCGUCGUCGCUGCGGCUCCCCGGCGGAGGAAACGUCCCGGUACCAAACGUCUGAUCGCGUCUGGCGCAGAGCGACUGGACCGUCGCCAUGGAGACCGUCGCCAUGGAGACCGUCGCGGCUCCGUCCACGCCGCCUCCACCCUCUUGUUGUUGAUUGUGGUAAAUGCUAGUGCCUUUUGCUGUAUUGUGAAACUGGAUAUUGAUUGUACAGUCGUACGGACGGCGCGGCCUGGAACCGACAGGCUCUAUUUAUUAUUGUUGACUCAAAUCAAUCAUAUUUUUCUAUGUAAGUGCUUUAAAUAAAUUUGCCCUUUUCUAAUUA